CAUGGGGGAGAAUCGUGGGAUCAUGGACUCUCUCGGUGAAUUGGAAAAUAAGAAUAAGGGAGAGCAUGACAAAAUCCACAUGGAGGAGAAGCCAUUUAAAUAUCCGGGACAUGGGAAUUUCAGUCAGAGCUCCCACUCCACUCCCCAUCUAAUAAAUCUCUUGGGGAAGAAACUCUAUCAGUAUUCGGAAUGUGAAAAGAACCUCUGUCGAAAAUCCAACCUCUCUUCCAAUGAAAGAAAUCACAGCGGGGAGAAACCAUAUUCCUGCUUGGAAUGUGGAAAGAGCUUCAUUCAGAGGGCCAAUCUCACUUCCCAUCAAAGAAUUCAUACAGGGGAGAAACCAUACCUGUGCACGGAAUGUGGAAAGAGCUUCGCCUGGAAGAAAAGUCUCACUUCCCAUGAAAUAAUACAUACGGGGAAGAAACUAUAUCCGUGCUUUGAAUGCGGAAAGAGCUUCAGUCAUAGCAUCACCCUCACAGUCCAUCAGAGAAUCCAUACUGGUGAGAAACCAUAUGAGUGCUUGGAGUGUGGAAAGAGCUUCCGUCAAAGGGCUGCUCUGGCUUCCCACCAAAUAACUCACAGCGGGGAGAAACCAUAUCAGUGCAUGGAAUGCGGAAAGAGUUUCGGUCGGAAGGAUAGUCUCACUUCCCAUCAAAUAAUUCACACAGGGAAGAAGCCAUAUCAGUGCUUAGAGUGUGGAAAGAGCUUCAGUCGAAAGAAUGUUCUCAGUUGUCAUGAAAGAAUUCACACAGGGGAGAAACCAUAUCAGUGCUUGGAAUGUGGAAAAAGCUUCCCUCAGAGCGCCAGUCUCAUGUACCAUCAGAGAAUCCAUACAGGGGAGAAACAAUAUCAGUGCACAAAAUGUGAGAAGAACUUCAUUAAUAUGGCCUCUCUCACUUCCCAUCAGAUAACUCACAGCGGGGAAAAAUUAUAUCUGUGCACAGAAUGUGGAAAGAGCUUUCGUUGGAAGAAAAGUCUCAUGUCCCAUCAAAGAAUCCAUAAAGGGGAGAAACCAUAUCUGUGUGUUGAAUGUGGAAAGAGCUUCAGUCAGAGGACCAGUCUCAUAAUCCAUCAAAGAAUUCAUACAGGGGAGAAACCAUAUCAGUGCUUCGAAUGUGGGAAGAGCUUUAGUCGGAAGGAUAGCCUUACUUCCCAUCAAAGAAUUCACACUGGGGAUAAACCAUUUAUAUGCUUGGAAUGUGGAAACAGCUUCAAUUCUAAGAGGAGUCUCACUUCCCAUCAAAGAAUCCAUAUGGUGGAGAAACCGUAG